UAGAGGACGGCAGAAAAAACAACUGCAGGAUUAUCCAGCAGAGUGAAGGACACAGAGUCCAAAGCUCGUUUCCCCCAAGUAAACGUAGGGUUAAUUAAAAUGGUUCCAUGGAGGAUUUUGGAUAUGGUCGAGAAAAAUACAUGGAAGAUAUAAAAUUGUGAUGAUGUAUGUGAAUUUACAUGAAGAAAAAAAGGGGAGCUAGAUAGAACGUGCACGGUGCCAGAGCAGAUGCAUUCCCAUUAAAGGAAUUUUUUGUCUUGGAAGGGUGCAAAAAGACUAUCGACUUACUCCUCACGGCCAAUCUCUCUCCAACAGAGGUGGCCAAAGCUGGAGAAGAGGAGGAGUGAUCCAAAACAGAGGUCCCCCCUGUCUCCUGACACCUGCUGCCUGCUAUUUGCUGACACUGAGGACAUUGUAGGACUGUGUCGGUGCAUGAAUGUUUAUGCAUAUAUAUUCAUGAAAGACAGACCAACCCAUGCUUCUCGGCUGAUAUGGGAGAUUCGACCCUGAAAUCUUUGCAUAUGUGACUGAGGAAGAAGAGGACACCCAGACAUAGACCUGACCUGGAGAGAAAAUCUUGCCAUCCAAUUCUGUGCUAUUCCCUCUGAGGGAUGGGCACAACAGAGGCAACCCUACGAAUGGAGAACAUGGAAGUAAAAGAUGAAUGGCAGGAUGAAGACUUCCCAAGACCUUUACCAGAGUACGGCGAUAUGGACCCCUCCUGUGGUCUCACAGAUACCAGAGUCUCUCCUCCUAACUCCUUACACGUGAGCCCAACUGGAGGAGGAGGUGGGGUGUCUUCGUCUCACCGCAAACGCCGCACACUGGUGGCCCCUGAGAUGAACCUGUCCUUGGAUCAAAGUGAGGGCUCUCUGCUAUCAGAUGAUUUCCUAGACACCCCAGAUGACUUGGAUAUCAAUGUGGAUGACAUUGAUACACCAGAUGAAACAGACUCACUGGAAUUCAUAACCAAUGGGAAUGAUUUGGAGUGGGAAGAUGACACGCCUGUGGCUUCCGCCAAGGCAGGUCCAGGUGGCGGCCAUGGCGCACCAGCUGAGGAUGGAAAUGCAAACAAUGGCCGACUGUGGAGAACGGUGAUUAUCGGGGAGCAGGAGCACCGUAUCGACAUGCAAAUCAUCAAACCAUACCUCCGGGUCAUCACACACGGAGGUUAUUAUGGUGAAGGCCUAAACGCCAUCAUUGUCUUCUCUGCUUGUUACCUGCCUGACAGUAACUGUCCAGACUACCACUACAUCAUGGAAAACCUUUUUCUAUAUGUGGUCAGCAGCCUUGAGAUGCUGGUGGCUGAAGAUUACCUGAUCAUUUACAUGAAUGGAGCCACUCCACGAAAUAAGAUGCCUGGAAUCAGUUGGCUGAAAAAAUGUUACCAAAUGAUUGAUAGAAGAUUAAGGAAGAAUCUCAAGUCACUGAUCAUCGCUCAUCCUACAUGGUUUAUCCGCACUGUUCUAGCGAUAUCCAGGCCUUUCAUCAGUGUCAAGUUCAUGAAUAAGAUUCAGUACGUCCACAGUUUGGAUGAACUUGCAGAGAUUGUCCCCAUGGAGCACGUCCAUGUUCCUGAGUGUGUGAUGCAAUAUGAUGAAGAACGAAUUAAAGCCAGGAAGGAGAGGAUGGAGCAGGAGAGACGACAGCAUGAACAGCAGUCAGUCCCACAGGGGCCAAAUCAGAAAUCUGCGAGGCCGAAAUCGAUGAUUGUGGAGCAAUAACUAUGAGAAGGAAACAACAAUGAAGGGAAGGGGGUGACAUAGAGGCAUCCAGCACGUGAACACUUUCUCCCCUCUUUUGUCCACAUCCAGCUGCUAGUUCAUAUUGCUUCGCAGUUAAAAAGGGGACUGCUCUGUCACAUAACACUCACGCCAUCAGCAAUGGAAUGGUCUCCCAACAGGAAAAGGCUGCUCUGUUGAAGGAAUUGUUUUUUUUAAUAGAAGUCGACAUCACCUGUUGUAGGAUCGGAUAUGUGGUUCAUAUUAAAUUGUUGCACCAUGAUUAGGGAUUUGAUUCAUUGCUUUACUUUUCCCAGUCAUGUAACAUCUGGUCUUACAUGACUGGGAGACCAAGGUUACAAUCAUGGCUGAUUUAAUGUCACAGAAUUAAUCAUAGUAGUUGAAAAUGUUAUUUUUUAUCAUAGCUUAAAAUGAAAAGUGGUUCGAUGGCUUGUGUUGUAAAAUAUGAGUCUCUGAGAUGCAGCGAGUUUCCUGUGCGGGCACCACUAAAUCAAACUCCUUGCACAAAAGCACAUACUGCUUUUAAGGAAAUUGUUGGCUCAGAUGCUGAUAUAGCAAAGUAAAAAAUAUGCCUUCAUCUCUCUUUCAUCUUACCUCAUAGCUGCUUUAACUCUAAGGCCUUUCCGAGCUCAGUCUUAAUCUUUCUGACAUUUAAAAAAAAAGUCCAAAUAGACUAACCUUAAUUUAUGUAAGUCUCCUCUCUUUCUGGCCUCAGUUGCUAUGUGAAUUACUAUCUGUACUUUAUUGUGUAUUAUGAUGUGCCUGCGUUAUACUCAUAAUAAACUACAUGUUUGCAUUUUUCUGAUCUAGAAAAAUCACAUAGGAAGACUUAUCUAUAUAACAAAUGCAUUGUAGAUAUUUGUUUUAUGGGCAAACUUCAGACAAAUCUUAGGUGAAAUGUUUAUAUUACUACAUACCAGAUGCAUGUUUUUCAUAGAAAUAAUAGUACUAACCCUGUACAGUUAGAAAUUUCACUUGGAACAAGACAUGUGAAUUGAAAUAGAUAACUACCCUGAAGCCUUUUGUUUUUUUAAAUCCUUUUUCAUUCAUUUUGUGCUUUGAUAGAAAGUGAAGUCUAGGAGUCUCUGAUGAGACAAGUACGGAAUUGUGGGUUUUUACACCUUAGCACAUGUCACAAUAAAAAAGAAAAGGGAUAUAUAUGUCCAAACAUUACAGCAAAGUUUGUGUUAAAUAAAAAAAAAAAAUCAUGUUAUGCUGUGGCAUUUAGAGCUCUUUCAGUGUCAUAAAAAAAUCCUGAAUCAAGUUUUCUACAAAAUAACCCUUACCCCUUCUGUAGCAAACCUUCUUCUUUACACAGUGCAGUCACACAAGGACUGUUUUCCCGAAAAAAACAUGUCCAUUGUAUUUUCAGACUGAAAUGCCGCUCCUUAUCUGAAAUUCUAAUAAAGUUUUGGCAUGUUUCAGCAUCUGUUAACCCUGCUCUGUAAGUUGACAUGGCCUGUCACGUCCCAGCUGUUGCCCCUGCUGUUUCACUUUAUCAUAAUACCAUUAACAGUUGUUAGUAGCGAGGAAAUAGCACAAUGUAAUUAAAGGAACUCCUGGGAAUGACCCAUUGCUUUGCAAAUGUUUUAAACAGCAAUUUUCAGUGUUUGCUGCUGAAUUUUACACACCUAUGGCCCUGCUAGCAACUGUACCAUAUAAUUGCAAUGGUUUGGAGGGGAAAACAUUUGUUUCAAUGCUGCUUAUCCCUAUUUAAUCUUAGAUAGGAUUUAUGCAGCUUGAAUUUUGUAAAUUUUUUUAACUACCUUAAAUAUUAGUUAAGAGGUGAUUAAAAUCAGUUUUUUAAGUUUUCUAUAUUUUAAGAUUCUUAAAAAGAGGGGAUAUAGAAACCACAGGCCUGUUAACAUGUAUUUCUGAUGUUGAUUUGCACUACUGGAUAUGGAUCGUCACAAAAAAUAAAACUUAUUUAAGUAGUGUUUAUAUAUUAGGUUUCUACACUGCAGUAGGGAGAGAAAACUGUUUGAAAUUUUUAAUUUAAGUUCUGCUCAUUUGAAGUAGGGUAUUCUGAAUAAAAGGUUCUGUCAUUCUUUUUUUUGAGUGCCAUUUUUUUUUUUUACAUUGUUUCUAAAGAGGCUGGUUUAAUGAGUGAACUGAGUGCCUAUUGCUAAACUUAAAUGCAAUUUAAACCAAUGUCAGAAUGUAGAGUGAAGUGUUUUGAUUUAUAGCAAAUUUAUUUUAUUUAUAAUGUAUCAAUACAAUCCUUCCAAAAUAUAAAUGUUCACUG